AUGGCGGACGAUGGCAUGCUUCUCAACUUUGAGCUGGGCGAUGCCCCGAUAAAGGCUCCGGUUAAGUUUAAAGGCGGCCGUUGGAGAGACCGACUCAAGGCUCAACGAAGCGCGAAACAGGCCCUGCAGAACCCCCAAAGCCAACAUAACCCACAGAAUGGCGUCUCGUCCGUGUCUCUUCCAUCGAUUGAGAACCGCGAGCUAAAUAGACCGGGAAAAAGAUCAAGAACAGAGGAUUGCGAUAGCAGCAGACAGGCCAAGAUACCCAAGACGACCCACGACACCGCGAAGCCAGCCCCAGCUCAUCCCGUCAAAACUAGCCACAUCACGUCAAGACUGUUCAGCUCACUCCCAGCACCCGUCACCGACUUCGAACAUGCGCCUGAGGAACCAUCAGAGCCGCUCAAGCCGUCCAAUGCCCCGCUAUCUGAGGAAGCUGCGAGCUUCCACAACCUCGGACUGUCGCGUCGUCUUGCCCAACACCUGACUACCAAGCUUGAGCUGAAGGCACCCACGGCCAUCCAAAAAAACACCAUAUCGCAAUUGAUCCGGGAAGAUAGCGACGCAUUUCUCCAGGCAGAAACAGGUUCAGGGAAAACGCUGGCCUAUCUAUUGCCCAUUGUUCACAGGAUUAUGUCUCUGAGCCUGAACGAAGAUGGGACCCCCAAGCAGACCAAGGUUCAUCGCAACUCCGGCUUGUUUGCUAUAAUCUUGGCACCAACCCGCGAAUUGUGCAAACAGAUUGCCGUGGUCUUGGAGAAAGUGUUACGUUGUGCCCCAUGGCUGGUUUGCACGACCGUCCAUGGUGGGGAGAGCAAGAAGUCCGAGAAGGCGAGGAUACGGAAAGGCGUCAAUAUCCUGAUUGCGACUCCUGGUCGACUGGCUGACCACCUCGAUAAUACCAAGACUUUGAACGUUGGUACUGUUCGUUGGUUGGUGCUUGACGAGGGUGACCGCAUGAUGGAAAUGGGCUUCGAGGAGGAUCUCCGGACCAUUGUCAACAAAAUCCGGGCUGGCAAGUUGGAGAAGCAGAAUGCUGAGGGUGUGAUGCUAGAUGGCAUUCUUCCAUCUCGCAGGGUUACCAUUCUUUGUUCCGCGACCAUGAAGAUGAAUGUGCAAAAACUCGGCGAGAUCAGCCUGGAAGAUGCCAUCCACAUCACCGCCACCAAAGCUGAAUUGGAGAAGGAUGCUGGUCUGGUGAAUGAAUCUGUGUUUGCAGCCCCAGCACAGCUAAAACAGUCCAGUAUCAUUGUUCCUGCAAAGCUGCGAUUAGUCACCCUUAUCGCGUUGCUCAAGUCAACGUUUGCCAGGAAAGGAUCCGUUAUGAAGGCCAUCAUCUUUAUAUCAUGUGCCGACUCGGUUGAUUAUCACUUCGACUUGCUCAAGGAGACCAAGCCGUUGGAACAACCAAGCAGUUCCUCCCCUGUUAAGCCGAAUCCCCACACAGAACACACAGUUGCCCCAGCUGCGUACAUCACAUCGCCUGCGAACCCAAGAAUCAUCCUCCAUAAACUCCAUGGUUCCUUGGCUCAGCCUGUCCGGUCAGCCACGUUGCAGUCCUUUACCAAAUGCAAAGACCCUGCAAUCCUCGUCACGACUGAUAUUGCUUCUCGUGGUCUUGAUGUUCCUGCGGUCGAUCUGGUCAUCGAAUAUGAUCCCGCCUUUGCAGUACCAGACCACGUUCAUCGGAUCGGUCGUACUGCACGUGCCGGUCGUCCUGGUAAGGCCGUCUUAUUCCUGCUUCCUGGCUGCGAGGAAGGAUACCUCUCAAUCUUACCUGCUGCGACGCCUAUCACGCCUCAACACUACGAAUCAAUCCUUCAAAAGGCUUUCUUCACCUCAGUCAACCUACCCUCAGGAUACAUCAACACUGCAGAAGAGACACAAAAGCAAACAUGGGCAACUCGUGCCGAAGCUCUACAGCUUCAUCUCGAACAACGUCUUCUCAACCCUCCUCCCGGAUCCGAACCUUCCGCUGAGGAUGAUGAGGAGGACGAAGAUGUCUCCAAGUCUAAAAACAAGAAAGGCAAAGCCAAGAAGGCGAAAUAUCAAAGACCGAAAGAGAACCCUCUCCUCGAAUCUGCUCGCCAAGCGUUCCGCUCUCACAUCCGUGCCUACGCCACUCACAUCAAGGAAGAACGUAUCUAUUUCGAUAUUACUCAGUUACAUCUGGGUCAUAUGGCGAAAGCUUUUGCGCUACGUGAAACCCCAGGAGGCAUCGGUGGCGGUGUGGCGAGGAGAGUCCAAAAGAGUACCUCUAAGAAGAGUGGUGGCAGUACGAGCGCUGCUGGAGGUACUGGCGAAAAGAAUGGUGAACAACCCGCGAAAGCUGCGAAGAGAGGUUCCAAGAAACCCAUCGAUGAUGGCAGCGAUGAUGAAAAGUUUGGUGUUGUUGAUGAGGAUGCGGCGAGGAGGAUGAGGGAGAAGAUGAAAAUGCUGAGCAUGAAUACCGCGUCGGAGUUCAACCUUGGGUGA